ACAUACCAAAACUUGCAGUGCACCAUUGAUGUACUGUUCAGCCAAAGCACUGACAGAAAAGUCCAGGAAUCACAAUGUGGCGCUUUGCAAUGACAUAUGAAAUACACGCAAUUAGUAGGCUAGGAUAUGGCUGUGUUUUGAAGGAUGUUCAAGAUGGCAUAAAAUCCGCCCCUAGCGCACAGGUGCUCACUGAUAAGGCUUAAUAAGACAUCAUCCCUACCGUGAGUGAUCGACAAGUGAUUUUCACCCGCAUGUUUUCGUUGUGGUCCUGUGUGUAGCUCCAUAUAGGUUUAACUCGGCCGAAAAAUACGCUUACAGCUUUAAAAAGUGAAGGAAUAGGGUACUUUAAAACUAAUAUCUUAAGGGUAUGAUUUUGAGGUUAAUCGUCCUCUGACAUGGCUGAUACACGUGUUCGUCUAGAAACGGAGAUCUUUGCAAACCAAUGGACCUCAAAUCCUGAGCUUGAAGCUAUCAAGGCAAGAGUGCUGGAGUUGGAGGAGGAGGCUGAAAAGCUUAGGGAAGUUCAGACUUUGGCAGAACGGCAGCUCAUGUACAAUCCCCUAGCAGCACUGUUUUACCACAUGAGCCACGAGGAGAGAAUUGAUGCUGACAAUAGAUCAGUGUAUGUUGGAAAUGUGGACUAUGGCGCAACUGCAGCUGAGCUGAAGACCUACUUCAGUGGUUGUGGUUCUGUUAAUAGAGUGACCAUUCUAUGUGACAGAACCACUGGUCACCCCAAAGGCUUUGCAUAUAUUGAAUUCUCAGAGAGGGAUGCUGUGGGGACUGCAAUGACCUUGGAUAAUACUUUAUUCAGAGGUCGAGUCAUAAAGGUUUCGCCCAAAAGGACCAACAUACCAGGCAUCACCAACAGAGGGGGCAAUCGUGGUCGACCAUGGGCACGUGGCAACAGGUUCAACAACGGGUUUCAGGGUCGCUUCAGGGGAAAUGGAAGAGUCCAGCCUUGGUCUGACCAUUAUUAAUGUGUUCAAUUUAGAUGGUUUCUUAAUUUUUAUUUAAUUUUAUUUAUUACUAUAGCAAUUGUGUUUUGACAAUUUGACCAUGUAAUAAUAUAAUUUAGAAAUCAUGGCUUUUUACUUUAAUCUGGAUUUUAUGUUUCUUUUCUAACCAAAUGGCACUUGAAUUGAAAUGUUUGUUUUUGUACAUUUUCUUACUGCGGGAAAAAUAAAUAUCAUUAUUUGAUGUGGUUUACCAUUUGAACAUAAUAAAUUCAAGCAAUGUAUCA